AUUCAGAAGGCGCCAAAAGGGAGGCGCUGAUUGGUUUAGCCGAGUCCUCAGCAGGCUGUCUUCGGUCGCGCGUGGCUGCGAGGGAGCAGGCGGCAGUGGAAGGUUUCUCCCGUGUUGUAUCAUCACAGAAACAGACUGCAACUGCAGCUGAGUUACCAGAAUGGGAAUCCAUGGUUUAGCCAAGCUGAUUGCCGAUAUAGCUCCUGGUGCCAUUCGAGAGAAUGACAUUAAGAGUUACUUUGGCCGGAAGGUGGCCAUUGAUGCGUCUAUGAGUAUUUACCAGUUCCUGAUUGCUGUAAGGCAGGGAGCUGACAUGCUGCAGAAUGAAGAAGGCGAGACCACAAGCCACCUGAUGGGGAUGUUCUACCGCACCAUCCGCAUGGUGGAAAAUGGCAUCAAGCCUGUCUAUGUCUUUGAUGGCAAGCCCCCACAGUUGAAAUCGGGGGAACUAGCCAAACGCACUGAGCGCCGAGCUGAAGCGGAGAAGCAGUUGCAAGAGGCCAAAGAGGCAGGUGAGGAGGAAAAUGUAGAAAAGUUCAGCAAGAGGUUAGUGAAGGUGACCAAGCAGCACAAUGAUGAGUGCAAGAAGCUGCUGACCUUGAUGGGCAUCCCUUACGUUGAUGCACCUGGUGAGGCUGAAGCUAGCUGUGCUGCACUGGUGAAAGCGAGCAAGGUCUAUGCAGCUGCUACCGAGGAUAUGGAUUGCUUGACCUUUGGUAGCCCUGUGCUGAUGCGGCAUCUUACAGCCAGUGAGGCGAAGAAGCUGCCGAUUCAGGAAUUCCACCUGAGCCGCAUCCUUCAGGAUAUGAGCCUGACGCAGAAAGAGUUUGUGGACCUUUGCAUACUGCUGGGCUGCGACUACUGCGAGAGCAUCCGUGGCAUUGGGCCAAAGCGUGCCGUGGAGCUGAUCAAGCAGCACAAGAGCAUAGAAAAGAUUAUCCAGCAAAUAGAUGCCAAGAAGUAUUCUGUGCCUGAGAACUGGCUGCACAAGGAGGCCCAGCUGCUCUUCCUGGAACCUGAAGUUGUUGACCCCGAAGCUGUGGAUCUGAAGUGGAACGAACCAGAUGAGGAAGAGCUGGUCAACUUCUUGUGCGGGGAGAAGCAGUUCAACGAAGAAAGAAUACGCAACGGGGUCAAGAGACUGAACAAGAGUCGCCAGGGCAGUACUCAGGGCCGAUUAGAUGACUUCUUUAAGGUUACUGGCUCCAUCACUUCAGCCAAACGCAAAGAGCCAGAAGCCAAGGGAUCCGCCAGGAAGAAAGCAAGGGGCGGUGGUGCACCAACAUCAAAGUUUAAAAGAGGGAAGUAAAAUUAUCUUCUAGAACUCUGUACCAGUUCCCUUCCACUGCAGAUGCUUGGAGCGAAAUAUAUUAAACUACAAAUAUAGAG